CCCGCCGCGCGGCCAGGCCACCGGCCAGCCUCUCCGCCUCUCUCCCCCCUCUCUCUUCUCUUUCCUUUUCCUUUCUUAAAAACUCCGUUUUCCGUUAAAACCUUCGCUUCACGCUCGGUUUACCGAUAAACUCCCCCCGCCCCGCCCCGAACAGGAGCAGCAGGAGCGGCCACCGGGCCGGACAAACGACCGGAUUACCGAGUUUCAGCGAGCAGCUAGCGGCCGGUCCUGCCGUGAUUCGCCGCCCAGCAGCGGGCCGCAACUUUCCGUCACUUUGUUUCACUUUUUCCCACCGACGGGUCCGUUUACCGGACGGUGACGUCAGCCCCGACGAAAGUUGAGGAUCAGCUGCCGCCGCCGUUACACCGGAGGAGACAGCGUUAGCCCGGACCCGGACCCGGACCCGGACCACGGCUGAACUCUCUGCCCCGCCGUUUGUUUGUUCCGCAGCGGAGCGAUGGGGACUGUGUGAGCGGAGCAGCGCGUGGCCUCCACGAGACUCCCCGUUUCCUCCGGGCCGGUAAGGUGGGGUGGGCGGAGCUGAGAGAUGGCAGGUGCGUCAGUGAAGGUGGCGGUGCGAGUCCGCCCGUUCAACUCCAGAGAGACGGGACGCAACGCCAAGUGUGUGAUCCAGAUGCAGGGAAACACCACCUGUAUCUCCAACCCCAAACAGCCCAAAGAUGGAGCCAAGAACUUCACCUUCGACUAUUCCUACUGGUCACACACAACGGCUGAUGACCCCAGCUUUGCAUGUCAGAGGCAGGUGUAUAAGGACAUUGGAGAGGAGAUGCUGCUGCACGCCUUCGAAGGAUACAAUGUGUGUAUUUUUGCAUACGGACAGACGGGUGCAGGUAAGAGCUACACCAUGAUGGGCAAACAGGAGCCUGGACAGGAAGGGAUCAUACCACAGCUGUGUGAGGACUUGUUUCAGAGGACAGCAGAAAACACUGAUCCUGACCUGACCUACUCCGUGGAGGUGUCCUACAUGGAGAUCUACUGUGAGCGGGUCCGGGAUCUGUUGAACCCGAAGUCCCAGGGGACUCUGCGGGUCCGGGAGCAUCCCAUUCUGGGUCCCUACGUGGAGGAUCUGUCCAAACUGGCUGUGACCGGAUUCACUGACAUCCGGGACCUGAUGGACGCCGGCAACAAAGCUCGGACGGUUGCGGCCACAAACAUGAAUGAGACGUCGUCCAGAUCACACGCUGUCUUCACCAUCGUCUUCACCCAAAAACGACGAGACCAGAUGACCAGCCUGGACACUGAGAAGGUCAGCAAGAUCAGUCUGGUCGACCUGGCUGGAAGUGAGCGCGCCGACUCCUCGGGGGCUAAGGGCACUCGACUCAAGGAAGGAGCGAACAUCAAUAAAUCGCUGACCACGUUGGGAAAAGUGAUAUCAGCUUUGGCCGAAAUGCAGAGCAAUAAGAAGAGGAAAAGUGAUUUUAUUCCCUACAGAGACUCUGUUCUCACCUGGCUACUGAAGGAAAACCUGGGAGGAAACUCUCGGACGGCCAUGAUUGCUGCUCUAAGUCCUGCUGACAUCAACUAUGAAGAAACACUGAGCACUCUGAGGUAUGCUGACCGCGCCAAACAGAUCCGUUGUAACGCUGUGAUCAAUGAAGAUCCAAACGCCAAACUAAUCAGAGAGCUGAAGGCUGAAGUGGAACGACUGAGAAACCUGCUGUUCUCCCAGGGCCUGCAGGAGCUGCUGGACAACGCUGUCAACAACAACAACAACAACGGCCCCGGUUGUGUUGCAGGUGUGUCCCCGUCCCCGCUGCAGCUCGCACUCACAGCCAAUGGGCUCGUACCUAAGAAUGGCUCCGCCCCUCCAGGUGCCGAGCCGGCGUCUGCAGGUGACGUACCCGCCGACCCCGACCACCUGAUCGAGGAUGGAGAGGAAGGGGAGGAGGCGGAUGCUACGGAGCCCAUCAGUAAAGAGGAAGCAGCGGAGAGGCUGAUGGAGACGGAAAAGAUUAUCGCAGAGCUAAAUGAGACGUGGGAAGAGAAACUAAGAAAGACCGAAUCUAUUCGUUUGGAGAGAGAGUCCCUGCUGGCAGAGAUGGGCGUGUCCAUUAAAGAAGAUGGAGGAACGCUGGGCGUCUUCUCUCCUAAAGGAACGCCUCACCUGGUCAACCUGAACGAAGACCCUCUGAUGUCAGAGUGUCUCCUCUACUACAUCAAGGAGGGGUUCACCAGGGUUGGACAGCAGGACGUGGACAUUAAGCUGUCCGGCCACUUCAUAAAGGAGAUUCACUGCGUGUUUGUCAGUGAGACCAACGACCAGGGAGAAGUGGUGGUCACUCUGGAGCCGUUAGUCGGAGCAGAGACGCACGUUAACGGGAAGCAGAACGAAGCCGUCGUCCUCAAACAAGGUAACCGCAUCGUGAUGGGGAAGAACCACGUGUUUCGGUUUAACCACCCGGAGCAGGCGAGGCUGGAGAGAGAGCGCAGCGUCACGGCCGAACAGCAGGGGGAGCCGGAGGACUGGAACUACGCCCAGAGGGAACUGCUGGAGAAACAAGGCAUCGACAUCAAGCUGGAGAUGGAGAAGAGACUGCAGGACAUGGAGAUUCAGUACCGGAAAGAGAAGGAGGAGGCCGAUCUGCUGCUGGAGCAACACAGACUGUAUGCUGACAGUGACAGCGGUGACGACUCAGACAAACGCUCCUGUGAGGAGAGCUGGAGGCUGAUCUCCUCCCUGAGAGAGAAACUACCUGCCAACAAGGUGCAGUCUAUAGUGAAGCGCUGUGGUCUGCCCAGCAGUGGGAAGAGGAGGGAGCCUCUCAGAGUCUAUCAGAUCCCUCAGAGGAGGAGGAUCAGCAAAGACCCCAAACGGGUCAACAUGGAAGACCUCCGCAUGCAGGCCGUCAAAGAGAUCUGCUACGAGGUGGCUCUGGGAGACUUCCGUCACUCCCGUCAGGAGAUCGAAGCGCUGUCCAUCGUCAAGAUGAAGGAACUCUGCCGCAUGUACGCCAAGAAAGACUCCAACGAGAGGGAGAGCUGGAGGGCCGUGGCCCAGGACGUCUGCGACACCGUGGGCAUCGGAGAGGAGAGGAGCCCCCCCACUGAGGAGGGAGGAGGGGGCGGGGGAGAGACGGGGGAGGGAGGAGAGAAAAAAAACGUGUAUGACCUGAAGGCUCACAUCGAUAAGCUGACUGAUAUUUUGGAGGAGGUGAAGUUGCAGAACAACAUGAAGGACGAGGAGAUCAAAGCUCUGAGAGACAGAAUGAUCAAGAUGGAGAGCAUCAUACCUGUUCAGGAUGAUGACGUGAACAGCGAAGAGGGCGAGUCACCUCAGAGAGACGGGGGCGGGGCCGGCGACACCCCCCACAAGCCGGAGGUCAGAGUUAAGCAGCUGAUGGACGAGGACCCGGCGUUCAGGAGAGGACGCCUCCGCUGGCUGAAACAGGAACAGCAGCGAAUCCUGAACCUGCAGCAGCAGAACAUCACCAAGAAACUACGAGGACAAAACCAGAAUCAGGGUCAGAACUCCCCCAUUGUUCCCGUUCAUCUCCCCGGGACCGGCCGCUUCAUCCCCCCCCAGGAGUGCAAGCUCAAGUUCCCCUUCAAGAGUAACCCCGCCCACCGGAUGUCAUGGGGACCAGCCAGCGCCGCCCUGCAGGCUCUGGGGCUGGGGGAGGGAGGAGGAGAUGGGGGAGAGCAGCAGGAGGAGGGAGGAGGCGGAGGAGGAGUGGAGGGUAAAGGUUCUCCAUCCCCUCCUCCUCCUCAGGUUCAGUCUGCUGGUCUUUUGCCCCUCCCCUUCCUGGCUCCGCCCCCUCGCAUGCGCACCCCCAGCCCUCAUCGCGCCUGGCAACAGCGUAACCAAGGCAACCAGGGUAACCAGGGCGGCUUCUACUACCACCACCAGGGCAACAACCAAAACCACCAGCGCCGCUACCGCCGCAACUCUCUGGACAGCUCCACCCAUGGCAACGGUAACUAUGACAACGACCAGCAUCAUGGUGGUGGUGGUCACCAGGGGCGACCAAGACAGAGGAGGGGGGUGUCGCCUGGGCCAGGAGGGGAGCGAGGAGGGGGGAGAGGAGGAGGAGGAGGAGGAGGAGGAGCGAGGGACAGAGAUGGAGGCUUCCAUUAUAAUCAACACCAGCACCAUCAGUACCAUCACCAUCCCUACUACAACCCCCACAAUGCACCAUUCCAGCCAGGACCUCACCCCAACUACCACAGCCUGCCGCGCUCCGGGCCCCCGCCCCUUCCUGCUGACAUGCUGCUGGGGGUGGGGCCACCGCAAGGGGGGUGGGGCUUCACCACCCCCCCUAGGAUGAGACGGCAGUUCAGCGCACCGGACCUCAAAAACAACAACAAGGAGACCCCCAUCUGACCUCUGACACCAGGGAGGUCUCUGAUUGGCUGCAGGACAAAGGGUGGUCCUGAUGCUGUAGAGAAUAGGCUGUGUGUGUGUGUGUGUGCGUGUGUGUGUGUGUGUGUGAGUGUGUGUUUCAGCGCCUUUACAAUACUGAGUCAGCCCGUCACACACCAACUAACAUCACACACAUCCUGUAUCUUCAAUCCUGCUGUGUGUGUGAGUGUGUGUAGCUUGCUCCUAGCCUUUACGUUAGCAUGGGUUAGCUGUUGCCAUAGCAACACUGUUUUAGGAAAAAGUGGAUUAUUUUAUUUUAUUUUUUUUUUUUUUUUGCCGUUUUUCAAGCUGUCAAACAGGAUGGAAGUGUUUUACGUAAUGAUUUAGUUUUUUUGAUUUUAUUGAUUGCUGAUAUUCUCGUCUUGAUCAGUCGUUUAUAACGAGGUGCCUUAAAGCUGAAGUGUUAGCUCCCGGGGCUAGCUACUGUUAGCUGAAGCCUCCUGUUGAAGCUGUUUUUACUUAAAGAUGAAAUACGUCGGUUUGUUUGUAUUUAAAGGAGUUUUAGCGCCUCUCUUUUAGCCGCUGUUAGCCCAGGAGGCCAACUAGCCUGGUUCAGCCUGAGAGGUCUGUGUUAGCUUGGGCUAGUCAGAUAGCCUGAGCAGGGAGCAAUGAGUGGUUAUUUAGCUUUUCAGGCUAAUACGUUAUGUGGUGAAGUGCUACACAAGCCCAAGUUUAGCACAAGAAUUAGCUUAGCUUAGCCUAGCCUAGCCUAACAAAGGCAGUAUUCAUGUUGUAUGGGAAUUACAGUUUGUACGACUUCAGCAACAGCUUGGCUCACACUGCAGGAGUUUUAAAAUCCUGACCGGCGUCGCGCACAUGAGAAACUUAACAGAUGUUCCUCUCUAAUCUCAGACAUGCUCACGCUGCAGGAUGUUAUUCAGAGGGAGCGAUGCCCCACCUCACGUGGUCUCACGGCGAGGCAGACAACAACUGGCCGUGGUAACGUUAAUGAUUUGCAGCGAGAAGAAACAAAAGCAGGGGCACGAGUCGGGCGGGGAACACGGGGCAGCUCUGACGGGUCUGCGAUGGAUCUGUAAACCCCUCACAUUACCAGAUAAUCUGGUCCCAGACCAGGUUUCGCCGCCGAUUGUCGGGAGGAUAAAUCGGCCCAAAACUCCUGCAGUCUGAGCAACCGCCAUUUUAGCUUGACCACGCCCCUUUUACAUGUUCACCUGUAACGCGCAGUGAUUGGCUGCCGAAUGAGAGCUGUUGGAAACGUUUUCCUUGAAUCUAGAAGCUCGUAUUUCCCGUCUCUCCCAUGUGACUUGAAUGAUGCGUUUGUGCUACAAACCAAAGAGCGCCGCUCUGUGGCGCCUCCUGCAGGAGCGCAGAGCGCUGACAGACGCACUGUUCAGACAGACAGGGUGAACACGUCAGCACUGAUGAUGAAGAGGAGGAGGAGGAGGAGGUGUUGUGGUUGUAGGUGUUGAGACAGACCCGCAUGUUGAAUCUUUUUAAAGCGUUGUGUGUGUAUAUUUGAAGUGUAUCCUGACUUAUUUUUGUCUUGACGUUUUUAUGAAGAUGAAUCUAUUUUAAAACGCGCUCAUCUUCACUGUCUCGUGGGAAAUGUAGUAAGUGAUACGUAGGAAUACUGACUUAUUUAACCGACUUGGGAGAUGCAGGGAUCGUGAAACAUGAUGGACUAUGGUAUAUGUGGGGUAAGCAAGGAACUCUGGGAAAUGUAGUAUGAGAGAAGAUGGAAGAGGGAGACACUUAAAGAAGAGAAAUCUGAGAUACAAUAAGCUUUGUGUUUGAAGUAGUAACCGACACUACGACAUGUUAUGUGAUUUGAAAGGAUCUGACACUAAUUAGUACUUUACGUUCACAUCAGUUGUGACAAGAAGUGACGAAUAAACGGCUGCCUUCCCGAGACGUCAGGAAGUUGGAAAUUGUGGCUUUUUUCUCAUUUGAGUCAUUUGAUGUCACUUUAAAGGCUAUUUUUUUUUCAACGGUUAUAGAUAAUUGUUCUCAUACUUGUGAGAAAUAUGUUUCCUAAUGUUGCUGUCGUAUAUUAGCAUGCAAACGUGCUGAUGUUCCCGCGUUUCCUCCAGCCAUCUGUGUCCAACAGAGCUUUAACGUCAAAGUUCAAGGCUGCAACUAACGAUUAUUUUCAUUGUCGAUUAAUCAAUUAAUAAUUUAGUCUAGAAAUGCUCAUCACAGUUUCAGAGUCUAGGGUGUCAUCUUCAGAUUCAGAGUCAAAAACCCCAAACAUUUUCAGUUUAAAAUAAUAAAACAGAGAAAAGCCGAUAAAUGACUGGGCCGAUUAUCAAACAGGUAGCGGACUAAUAUUCUGUCGUUAUUCCUGCCACAAGUUUCCAUCUUCCGGCGUCCAGCUGAACGCAGCGUCGGGUUCGCCAGGUGUGGAGCAGCCUCGGUCUGCGCUGAAUGACGACAUGUUUACUGUCAGGAGGAGCUGGGAGUUAGCGGCACUGCCUAAACCCCGCCCCCACAGAGCAAGGCAUUGUGGGAGAUGAUGAGUGGAGCAUCUUUGUGCUCCGUGACUUUAAGACCUUUUCACAGAAAGGUCAGAACCAACCAAUGGGAGCUCUCCUUCCGGCCGCACAGCCGGUCGCGGAAGGAGUCGCCACGAUGAUGAUGACAAACAGAACUGAUUGUGAUUGGCCCGAGAAGCAUGACAUCAGCAGAAUUUAUUUCCGCCUUGUUUUGCUCUGCUGUCUCUGGAAUCGACCAAUCACGGGACAAUCUUGAUAACCUGCUGCCACCGCCGGGCUUGAUGGGAAACGAUGUUCCCUUUUUGUUUUUUUAUUUUUCAGAUUUUUUAAUUUUAUGUUCAGCUUGGGCUUCUGAUUGGCUGUUUCUUCCUUUUCUUUGUGUAUUCAUUUGCUUCUUGUCCUAAAUAUUUUAACCCCGCCUACAUGUUUGUGAUGUCAUCAUCGCUAUUAUUAUAUAAUUAUUAUAAAGUUCUAAGUGUCAUUAUUAUUGGGUUCUUUUGGAUGCUGCUAAAGGGAGCUUCUUCGCCCUCAUGCCACCGCCUGAGUGUGUUUGUGUGUGUGUGUGUUCGAGUGUGUUGGACGUCAGAGUGUGUGUGUGUGUGUUUCCGGGUUCAUUUAGAACCGUAAUCUAAAGUUUGUUUUACUUUAUAAAGCCGAUUUUAUUGCUUUUCUUCUAAUCGUCUGUUUAGUUUUGUUGUUUUGGAGGUUUGAGGAGGGGAGGGGGGGAGCCGUUGCCGUGGCAACCUGACUCAGCAGAAUUCCAGAGCAUUCUAGAACCCUCACUGACUGGCCCCGCCCAUUCCCUGCACCUCUGCUCCAAUCACCUCAGAAUCUGACAUCACAGCAUGAUGUCGCUUCAGAACUCUGGAACACCUGUGUGAUGACAUCAUGGUCUAGCCCUUCUCCUAUUGGCUCAGAGCCCCUCAGUUGUUUUUCUGUCUGUGUUGGGUUGUUGUGUCUGUUGUUUUUGUUGAAUCAGGAACCAAUCUCAGGCUCUACCUGCAGACAACACGAUGGCAAUAAACUGUCAAUAAGAAUGAAAAACUAAA